AUGAAAUUCGAGAUUCAAGAAAUCCUCACAAAAGGAGGGUUUCAAUUAGCCAAAUGGUUUUCAAAUCAUCCAGAGUAUCUAAAUAACGAUAGUUCUGAAAAAUCAAUUAAUUUUAAUGAUUCAGAUUUCACAAAAACUCUGGGAAUGUGUUGGCACCCUAAAGAAGAUACAUUCAGCUUCAAUUUGGACAAUAAUUUUCAUGAUCUACGAGCUACUAAGAGAAACAUAUUAUCAGUUUCCGCUCGUCUUUUCGAUCCUCUUGGUUUGUUAUGCCCCAUAGUAACCAAAGCCAAAAUCUUAUUACAAGAGCUUUGGGUUGCAAAGAUUGAAUGGGAUGAGUCGAUUCCAUUGCGCCUUGAUACAAGUUGGCAAAAUUUCAAAACCAAUUUAUCUCAACUUGGCGAGAUAAAAAUUCCAAGAUUUGUCGAAACUCAUUCGAACGCAAAAAUUCAAGUUCAUGGGUUUGCCGAUGCUUCGACGAGAGCUUACGGUUGUUGUAUUUACAUCCGAAGCCAAAGCACAGCCGGUAUCAAGUCGACGCUAUUAACUGCAAAGUCUAGGGUGGCCCCUUUGAAAACGAAAUCGAUCCCUCGAUUAGAACUUUGCGCAGCGCAUACUCUUGCUAAGCUAUGGACAAGAGUAGAGGCAAUGUUGAGUCUUGACAUCGACCAAGUUAUUUUCUGGACCGAUUCCGAAAUAACUUUGCAUUGGAUAAAAACACAUCCAUCUACGCUUGCAACCUUUGUUGCAAAUCGUGUGUCCGACAUCCAAGAGUGGACACAAAAAGUAUCAUGGAGACAUGUACCAACAAAACAAAAUCCAGCAGACAUUCUGUCAAGAGGCUGUAACGUUGAAGAAAUCAAUGCUUCAAUUUGGUUCAAAGGUCCACAGUUCUUGCUAAACGAACAAUCAUCGUGCCGGUCAAUUCGCAUUUUGAAUUGUCUCCAGAAGAUGAAGCUUUAG